UAUAUAUUAGUUAAAUCUAUAUAUAUAUAUAUAUAUUAGUUAAAUUUAUAUUAAACACUCAAUUACGAGUACAAGAUAUUCCUUAUCGGAUCUUUUUGAAUUGAAUUUAAUUCUUUAUAAUUAUAAUUUAUAAUGUAACGUUGACGACGUCAUACAUACACACAUGCAUAUAUGUAUUUUUAAAGAUCUUGUUUCACUUUUUUUUUUUAAUAAUACAUAACUUUUACAUAUAAUUAUUUCUUUUUUUCUUGUUCUUUUUUUUAUUUUCGUCAUGAAAAAAUUAGAUUAUACAGGGUCAAAGUCGGUCCUUCUAUCUUUACUCGAUUGUAUGCCGGUUUCUUCGAAUAAAAAAGUUAACAAAAACAAAAGAAGAAAUAAAAAUUGUUAGUUAUUUAAGAAAAUAAAAAGCAAAAAAAAAAAACAAAGAACAAAAAACAAAAAAGGAGAAACGUUGAAAUUAUUAUGUUUAAUGGUCUUGUGCGAUUUCUCUGUGAGAAAAAAAAAAAGAAAAAUCUAUCGGGUGAGCUAGUAAGUCGUCUAAAAAGUGAAGAAAUCGAAGGAUAAUCGAGAAGAUUUGCGUAACCCGAUCGCGUCCUUCGCUUAUCCGUGCCCUUCGAGUGGCCUUGAAGAGGAUGGAGAGGCAAAGGAGAGUGUUGUGGCGCGAAAAACCGAGUCGGAUCUUCGAAAGUCUCGAUCCCAGGAGUUGAGAAGAGUAAUCUCCUCCUUUUCCUCUUUCUCCUCCUCUUCUUCCUUCUUCUUUUUCAUUCUACUCUUCGGAGCUCUUCGUAUUCAGUGACUCUAUACUGUAGCUGGUAUACGAGUACACUUCCUCGUAUACCAUAGCGUAUCUUUCGCGGCAACGCAUGCCCGUCUCGACGCUCGCGACCGUUUUAUUUCGUUCGAUUCAAAACGAGUUCCAAUCGACGUCUCAUUCCGCGUGUUCACGCCCGCUAUACGCUCGAUAGAAGCUACAUCAUUUCCCUCUGCUCCCUCUGCUCUAGUCCGUUCUAUAUGUAAGUUGUAUGCGCGCGCGCGCGCGAGCGAGCGAGCGAACGAGCGAACGAGCGAGCGACCACCUCCAUUGCCUUCUUCGUCAUCAACACUAUUACUGUUACAAGCAUUGGGUUGCGUCGUAAUAUGUUUUUUCUUUCUCUCUCUCUCUCUCUCUCUCUCUCUCUCUCUCUCUCUCUCUUUCCCUUUUUUCUUUUUCUUUUUUUAUUUUAUUCGACCUAUCCUAGAUCGUUUCGAUCGUUGAUCUCUUUGUAAGAGAGAACUUUUAGGAAAUCGAUCGACGUAUCCUUUCUUCCGCCGUUGGAUCAUAUAUUUGUUUUCUUUUCAAUUAUUUUUUCUUCUUUUCCUUAUUAUUUCGAUCGUCAAUUUUGAUUAGUAGAAUUUUGAAAAAUUCGUAGAAGGGGAAAUACGUUUAUCGAUAAACCGAUCACGUGUCUUUUCUUUCAAAAUCCAGACGAUGAUUAUUAUCUUAUUUUUAUUCUUAUUUCGUUUCGUUCGUCGAUCUUUGAAAGAAGAUCUGCGAAUUUCUAAAGAGAACCUUUCGAAAAUUGAUCACGCGUCAUUUUUUCCGGUUCGAUUCUCCUUUUAUUUCGCUCUUUCGUUUUUUCUUCUCCCGUUUCUUCUUUCGUUUACGUUUUUUUUUGUUUUUUUUUUGUUUUUUUGUUUUGUUUUUUCCUCCAUUAGACAAGCGACUCGAGAACUUGUCCUUCUACGGAUCGCAUCACCUAUCCUAGAACCGUCUAGAAUCGUAAGAUCGACUUCUUUCGAGGGUCGGCUCCGAUUCGUUGGAGCCGACGACAACCCCUUUACAAUAGGUAAGGACACGAUCGAAAUAUCAAAUUUCGAGGUCGUUCUUUAAGAAAGAGGAGGAUCAGGUUUACGUACAACUAAAGGAUAAAAAAGAAUCUAUCGAUUCUUCGAUAAAUUCGUCUCAAUGACUUAAAAUAUAAGAACAGGAGAUUCACGUCGAUCGUUCGUAUCAUUCGUUGCACGAGAAAAUCAUUGAUCACGUUCAAUAAAAUCAAGGACCAAUGAAUGAAAUUCUUUAAAGACAAAUAUGUUUACACUUAUGAAAAUAAGAUCGCAAAAAAAAUAAUCGAGCGGAUAAUUUGGAAAUAUGCAGAGAGAGAGACAGAGAGAGAGAGAGAGAGAGAGAAAGAAAGAAAGAGAGAGAAAGAGAGAGCCGAAAGAAAUACGCGAAACGAUACGAAGAAGUGGUAUUCAAACGUUAGGGGCUAUCGAUCUUUGGUGGGGUACAAAGAGUGCCAUCUGUCGGUGGUUUUAACUCUGUGAUCUUUCAACCAAUGAACGAACGAGAGAGUCCCCCACUCGGUAUUUAGUUUGCCCCCACCAGGCGAGGCGGCCUGUCGCGUCGCCGUGCGUGCUCUUGUCCUCUUCGUCCUCGUCCUCGUCCGCAUCUUCUUCGUCCUCGUCUUCUUCUUCGUGUCCUCGUCGUCGUAGGGUCUGCCAGGGUAACGACGGUAGAUGUAAACACAGAAAGAGAAAGAGAGAGAGAGAAGGAGAGGACAAGAAGAUAAGAAAGAGAGUUGGGGGUCUCUCUCCGAGACGAGCGUCUCGUGAUUCGUCGGGCGAAGUAAAAGGGCGGGCGGAGGGGGUGGGGUUGGACGGAGGAAGGCAGAGAGAGAGAAAAAGAGAGAAAGAGAGAGAGAGAGAGAGAGAGAAAGAAAGAGAUAGAAAGAGAAAGAGAGAUAAAGAGAGAGAGAUUACAAGAGGCGCCGGGCAAGCAUCCCAGAACGGCCGUGUGCUCCGUUCGUCUCUGAAACACAGAGAGGAGAGAGUCGGGGCUCGAUCGAUCGAUCGGCUCGAUCGAGCGUCGAACAAUUAACGGCCAUCAAAUGCCCAUCUCGGGUACGCGUGGCGCGUAAAUCGCGGCGCGUAAAUCGUGGCACGCUCUUGCGACUGAACGGACACGCGCCUAUCCUCCUCCUCCUCUUCCUCCUCCUCUUCCUCCUCCUCUUCCUUUUCCUCCUCCUCCUCCUCCUCCUCCCCUUCUCCUCUUCCUUUUCUUCCUCUUCCCCUUCUUUUUUACUUCAUCUUAUUUUUCUUCGCUUCGUCUUCGUCUUCAUCUUCGUCUUCGUCUUCAUCUUCGUCUUUGCCUUCGCCUUCGCCUUCGCCUUCAUCUUCGUCUUCGUCUUCACUUCCUCUUUAUUUCUUGUUCUCCAAAAAGUCACUCCCCUCUCCCCACCACUUUCUUUCAUCAACUCCCUCUUUUCUCCUCUCUUCUUCUUCUCCUUUUUCUUUUUCUUUUUCUUUUUUUUCUUCUUCUUCUUCUUCGUUUUUUUUCUUCCGUUUCCUUUACCUCCUUCCGCCUUCCAAAGUUUUUGGAAAACGCGCGAGUAAACUUUUCGUGGCCAGUGCCUUCGAGGACCUUCGACGGGCCGAAAUUUUUACUUCGGUCUUUACUCCCGUACGACGGCCCGUCGAUGUCCGUCGAUCGUUCUCCCAACCGAACGCGAUACUUCGUGAUUUUACAGAUCGAUAUAUUCGAUCGAUAUAACGAACGAUCCGUGGAUCGUCCUCGGCGUGUCAGUGUCUUAUCGUCGUCGUCGUCCUCGUCGUCUGACUUCUUGGGAAUAAAUCGGGACUUGUAAUCAAAGAGGACGAAGAGUAAGCUCGUUCUUCCGAGGUCGCCUUUCCUUCUUCUUCUUCUUCUUCUUCUUUUACUACUUCUUCUUCUUCAUUAUCGUCAUCUUCUUCUACCUCUACUUCUUCGUCUUCUUCUUCUUCUUCUUCUUCUUCUUCUUCUUCUUCUUCUUCUUCGCUAAAUCGUCUCCUUCGAUCGUCUCCUUUCGCUGUAAGUACCUUUUUCUCAUUUCCUUCGCUUUGUUUCUUCAUCUUUUUCGUUCUUUUUCUUUAUUCUUUUUUUUUCUUUUUUUUUCUUUUUCUUUAUAAAAUCUCCAACGUUUUAUCGAUAAAUUAAAAGAAAAGAAAAACAAAACAAAAAAAAAAGAAAGAAAGAAAACAGAGAAAAAAAGGAUCUAUUAGGUAUAACGAUCAAUUUACAAGCGCGUUUUAGCUUUUCGUUCGCUCGUUUUGUCGAUAAUCGAUAUUCGAAAGAAGGAAGCGACCGGCUUUCGACUCGCGUUAUGUAAUACAUCGAUCGAAACCGCGCGAGUUCCGUGAGAGUAAUUGUUGCAAUUAUUGAGUUUCGCGAUACUGAAAACGUGAACAUUAUUAACGCGAUUUAUAAAAAAAAAAAGGGGAGGAAUAUACAAAGUUGACAAGGUUUCGUUUUUCUCAGGAAUGAUGACGAUAUGAAGAACCGAAUCGUCUGUUUUUAUCGUCUAAACUCUGCUCAUCUAUUCCGUCAUCCUCCCUUCGAACGUGCUUGCCUUUCUUUUAUCUUUUUCUUUUCUCUCGUUUUUUUUUUUAAUCGCGAAAUUUGAUCUCUUCCUCCUCCUCCUAAACUCUCGUUUAUGUCUUAACGUAAUAUAUUUUACAUUAUACACUCGACGUGUUUCGAUUCGAAAUCAAAGUGACGUGUAAAUCUAUUUUGACAUGUUUGUUAAUUGCUCUAACGACGACAGGUUUUAUAGCGUGGGUGUGACGUUAGAGAGCCUCGAGAUGUUACUCUCCGGUGCUUGGUUUGAGGCUAUAGCCGCUACACUUCUCGCAAUUUUAGUCUUGGCUACCAGCUAUCGACCACCAUGGUGGUUCUGGACCGGAAGUCAUCAGACCAGUGCCAUAUCGGAGGAGAAGGAUAGGAGGCCAUUUAAAACAGCUCGGGACGUGCCCGGUCCAUUCUCCUUACCUAUUCUUGGUACAAGAUGGAUAUUCUCCUGGAUCGGGUACUAUCGAAUGAACAAGAUUCAUGAGGCUUACAAAGAUCUGAAUCGACGCUACGGAGGCUUGUGCAAGGAGGAGGCACUGUGGAACUGGCCGGUGAUAUCGGUAUUUUCUCGACGUGAUAUCGAGCAGAUCCUUAGGCGAGGUUCAAGGUAUCCUCUUCGUCCACCGCAAGAAGUCAUAUCGCACUAUCGACACUCGCGUCGUGAUCGUUACACUAAUCUCGGUCUUGUGAAUGAACAGGGCGAGACUUGGCAGAAGCUUCGUUCUGCUCUCACUCCGGAACUCACGGGAGCCAGCACGGUUCUCGGCUUUUUUCCUGCUCUAAAUAUCGUCUGUGACGGUUUCAUCGAGCUAAUACGAAAACGGAGAACCAUGUUUGGCAUCGCGGGAUUCGAAGAACUUGCCUAUAGAAUGGGACUCGAGAGUACCUGUACCUUGAUUCUGGGUCGGCAUCUUGGUUUCUUAAAGCCGGACUCGAGCGACACGCUUACUGCAAGAUUAGCGGAAGCAGUUAGGAUUCACUUCACGGCCUCGCGAGAUGCCUUUUAUGGAUUGCCGCUUUGGAAGGUGCUACCGACAUCUGCUUACAAACAACUGAUAGAGAGCGAGGACGCUAUUUACAACAUAAUUUCAGAAUUAAUGGAGACGACGAUGUACGAGAAAAGGAACGACGCUCGAGACGAAUCCGUGGAGGCUGUUUAUCAAUCGAUUUUACGACAGAAAUCAUUAGACAUAAGGGAUAAAAAGGCAGCCAUAGUGGACUUUAUUGCGGCCGGUAUACACACAUUGGGUAAUACUUUAGUUUUCCUUUUCCACAUGAUCGGAAGUAAUCCAGAAGUACAAGAAACUUUAUACGAAGAAACCUGUACAUUGGCACCGCGAGGUUGCGAUCUGACAGUCGAGGAUCUUCGAAAAGCACGUUAUUUACGUGCUUGCAUCAAUGAAGCGUUUAGGUUGGUACCAACGGCACCGUGUAUCGCAAGAAUUUUAGAUGAACCAAUAGAAUUGGAUGGCUAUCAUCUCAACGCUGGGACGGUAGUUCUCUUGCAUACAUGGAUAGCUGGAUUAGACGAGAAUAACUUUAAGAAUGCGUCCAAAUGCGUGCCUGAAAGAUGGCUGAAGCCUAUGGUACCACAUUCGCCAUUACUGGUAGCGCCUUUCGGUGCUGGUCGAAGAAUCUGCCCGGGCAAACGCUUUGUGGAACUUGCUCUACAACUUAUCCUAGCGAAGAUCGUUCGAGAAUUCGAAAUCAUAGUAGACGAUAAACUCGAUCUACAAUUCGAGUUUAUUCUCGCCCCGAAAAGUCCGGUCUCACUCGGUUUUCGAGAUCGUCUGGAGAUGGUAUGAAAAGUGAUCGAACAAUUAGAAGACCAAACGCCUUGCCAAAUCGCGUUUUAAUCGUAUAAAUUUACGCGUACACGUUUAGAUAUAUAUAUAUACAUAUAUAUGUAUGUAUGUAUAUGUAUAUACAUAUAUAUUAUACGUAUGUAUUGUAUAUUCAGCGCGAACAUCACGUUUAAGCAUUCGACGUUAAUCAUUUUCAUCGAUUGAUCUAUCGAGAAUCCUUUUUUCCAUUUUUUUUUUUUUAUCUUUUUGCUAGCACGCAAUAUUUUUAACCUAUUGCACUCGACGAACAUUAUCAGUCAGUCACAAUUCUAAAUAUCAACGUUUUCUUAGUGUUUCUUCUCUUUUUUUUUGUUUUUUUCAACUGAAUGAAAUACGAAUUAACAAUAAUAACAAAAGACAAAGCGAGAAUACCAUCUCGAGUGCAAAAGGUUAAUUUCUAAGAGCAUUUUACUCGAACAUUAAAUUAUCUAUUAUACGGUUAAUUAGGAUCGUCUUAUUUUUUUCAAACAUUGACGUACAUAUGUAUGGUAUGUAUAUGAAUGCAAUGAUAUCAUAAUAAUUAAAAUUAUUUAGAAUCGUCGUUCAUCAUUCGUGUUAUUAAAUCGAAAUCGUUCGUUUUCUAUUUUUUUCUUUUUUUUUUUUUUUCUAACAUUUCCAUUUGUUUUCUUCUCCUACUUCUGCUUCUUCUUCUUCUCCUUCUUAUUUUCUUUUGUUUCUUUUUAUUCCCUUUUUUCUUUUUUUUUUUUUUUUUUUUUUUUUAUCAAAGUAAGACGAUCCUAAUAACUAACAUAAGUCUAAUGUAUAUGUACGUCGUCACGAGUUAAUGCGAGAUUUUGAUUUGCGAUAAAUGUAAGAAGAUUAUGCGUCGUAAGCGAAGUGUAAUUAACAGAGAGGGAGAUAAUGAAAAAGGAAAAUAUAAUGAAAAAAAAGAAAAAAAAGAGAAAAGUAAAAAAGUAAAAAAAAUCGUGAAGAAAGUUGCCCAUCGUUAUCGUUAAGGGCCGAGGAAAUCAUUUUCAAGGACUUUCAUUGCAUCAAAGUGAUCUCAUUACCACGAGGAGAUCUCGUCUCUAAGGUAUUUCAUUUUUUGUCACUACACGAUUUUCAAUUUUACUUAUACGGUAUACCCUCAGCGCGAGAAUUUAUCUGUAUGUGUGUGUAUGUAUAUAUAUAUAUAUAAUAUAUAUAUUAAAGUAUGUAUAGAUAUAAUGUUACUCGUUUAUCGUAAGAAUAAACAUGUUGAGAGUGUCAAGUGCAAUAUAUAUACAUAUAUAUAAAUAUAUAUGUGUAUAUAUUAUAUAUAUAUAUAUAUAGAAGUAACCUAUGAUGUGUCCAUCUUAUGUAUCAUAUUUUAUAAGCUUGUUUAUGUGCAAACGUUGCAACUACAUAUGUGUUCUUCUCUCGUAAUCCAAAUAACAAACAAACAAACAAACAAAAAAAAAAAGAAAAAAAAAAGGGAAACAAAAUAUAAAUAUUUAUUUUAGCCGUUCAACAUCGUCAUUUCUACGAUAGACAAUGUGUAAGCAUUUAUUUCAGAUAGUGAAGGAUGUAGUAUACCAUAAUAUUGUUAUUGGCGAUCUCUCUCUCUCUUUCUCUCUCUCUUUCUUUCUCGAUAAUGUAUCCGUCAUGUUAUAAUCUAAUAACGAGCAUCUUUUACAAAUCGUUUAUUUAUGUUAACAAUACAAAUGAUAUUGUAUCGCACAGUACGUUAGUCGAAACAUAUGUUACAGUUUAUUAUAAAUUCUAGAUUAUAUAUCUGGGUGACUGAAAGGAAAGCUCCUAAUCUUAUGCGAAUAUAAGCGCCCACGGAGCUUUCGAUAGAAAUACUCGAAAUGUUCCUUAACAGUUUCCUUGGUAAUAAUGAUUUUACAACGAGUUAAACUGUAAAUAUAUUUGAUUAUUUUCUCGUA